AUGGAUCCGGAUACAUCCAGCUUGGAAUACUGGUUGAACUGGAGAGUGUUGCUUUGUGCGGUUUGGGUGUUGACUCCGAUGAUCGUUGCUUUGUUCGUUAUUUGGAAGUACGAAAAAGAAAGUUCAGUUGAAACUCAGCCACCUAAGGGUAGUUAUAGUGAACACAGUGAAGAUGUUUGGAAACCAAGUCUGGAACAUAUCCACCCGGGUUGGUUACUAGGUUUCCGGAUCCUAGCCUUCUGCUUUCUUCUAACUAGCAACAUUGUCAGGCUCGCUUAUCGUGGUUUCCGCAUUUACUACUAUUACACUCAGUGGACGUUCACGUUGAUAACAAUAUACUUUGGGAUGGGAUCACUGUUUUCAGUUUAUGGGUGUUUUCAACAUAAGAAGCAGUUGAGCAGGAGAAUACCUAUUGAUCAAAUAGUAAAUGAUGCAGAGGUUCUAUUACUUUUGCCUCUUUUGAAUAGGGAGAACAUGCCUUUCAUUGAGCAGAUAAGACCUUCUGAUUCAAAGAUAGUACGGUGCUGUGUCAAGCUCUUCCAUAUUAUAUUUCAGACGAGUGCCGGAGCAGCUGUACUUACUGACAGUAUAUAUUGGACAGUCAUUUUCCCCUUUCUGUCUUUACAAGACUAUGAGAUGAGUUUCAUGACUGUGAAUUUGCAUACGAGCAACCUCGUUUUGCUUCUCUGUGACACAACCUUUAACCGUCUGAGAUUUCCCAUGUUCAGGUUCGCUUACUUCAUCUUGUGGACAGGAAGUUUUGUUAUUUUCCAAUGGCUUCUCCAUGUUUUUAUCUCCGUAGGGUGGCCAUAUCCAUUUCUCGACCUAUCAAUUCCCAUGGCUCCUGUUUGGUAUCUGUUGGUAGCACUCCUGCAUCUUCCUUCUUAUGGCCUCUAUGCAUUAUUCGUCUGA